AUGGAGCGUUGCCCACCACGUGGUGGUGGCCGUAGUUGCCCACGUGUUGUGGUACUAGUGUUACUAGGGGUGAGCCUUACUAUUCAAUGCGUCAGCAGCACUGCAGAGCUUGACAUUUUUCCGCUUCCCAGGCACCGACUGACGAUGGCGAUGAAAAUGAGCCCCGCGAAGAAGCAUCCCAAUCAGCUGGCCAAGAUUGUGAAUGGGCAAACGGCACACGACGGGCAGUUCCCGUGGCAGGUAUCGAUCCGUGCGGCCCUCGGUCGAUCCGUGACCGUGUGCGGUGGGUCACUGAUUGAUGCGCAGUGGGUUCUGACUGCGGCACACUGUGCGCACGAUUACAACGUGUUCCAGAUAGGUAUGGGGUCAAUACACCUGAAUAUGGCCCGGCUUACGAUGCUAGCCGUGGUCAAACACGUGCACCCCGAGUUCGAUCCGUGGAAGCUGACCAACGAUGUGGCGCUCAUACGACUGCCGUCCGGAGUACCGUACAGUCCGGAGAUCUAUCCGGUCCAGCUGCCGAUCAACAUGGCCGCGCAGGAAUCAUUCGUCGGCCGAAAAGUGAUCGUAUCCGGAUUCGGGCGUACAUCUGACGCCAUUCAAUCAAUAUCGACCGAGCUAAAGUACGAAUCGUUACGCAUUAUCUCGAACGCCCAGUGUGCCAUAGUAUACGGUAACUCAAUUAUCCGCAAUACAACACUCUGUGCCGUGGGUUGGGAUCGAUCAAACCAGAACGUUUGCCAAGGAGAUUCCGGAGGACCGAUGGUCAUGCAGCAGGGCAACACCAAUUGGGUACAAAUUGGAAUCGUGUCGUUCGUCUCAAGCCGUGGAUGCAGCACCGGUGAUCCAUCUGGAUACAUUCGCACCGUCAACUACUUAGACUGGAUCGCAAGAACAACCGCCCUCCGUACACUGGCCUCAGUGUUGUAA